AUGGUUGAACCUCGUUCUAAGAAAAGAAAAUUAACAGACUUGGAAUUGGAAUGGAAAAUUACACAAGCAAAUCUGAAAACUGAACAAGAAAAACGAUUAACUGCAGAAGCAAAUGUGAAAAUUGCAGAAGCAAAUCUGAAAAUUGAACAAGAAAAAACAAUACAAACAACGAAUCACAUUAUUUUAAAAGAGAAAGAAAUAAUUCUUGAAGAAAAAAAAGCAGAAGCAAAAAUAGCAGAACAUGGAUCUUCAACAUCAACAAAUACCAGUCAGAAUGGUUGUAUGGCAAGACUUGAUGAUUUUUUCCAUCGUUAUGUUGUUGGCAAUAUUGAAUCAUUCAAUAUUUAUUCUUCAUUAAUUAAUAAUAUUAUUAUUGAUGAUAGUGUAACAAUUGAUUUUGAAAAUCAUUGCAAUCAUUUACUACCAUUAUGUACAGGAACGGAAAAGGAUGUUCAAGUUACAUUCGAUGUCAUUAUUCGUUAUUUAUUAAAGAAAUAUGAAGGUUCUACAAAAUUGCAAUAUUUAAAUACAAGUAAAAAAGAUUAUUUAAAAUUCCAAGAUGGUGAAAAACUUUAUAGGUAUUGUCCUGAUUGUACUUUUGUGUACAAAAAUAUUAAUAUCAAUGCGGAUCAUGGGAAACAAUGUUUAGAAGAUUUUGUAGUUUGUCUUGGAGAAUUAAAGGCAAAAGGCAAGUCUGUAGUAGACGACCAACAUCACAUUGGAAAAUUGUUAAGAUACUUGACUAUUUUAUUGAAAAUACAGGACCGAGCAAAGAUCUAUGGUUUUUUAAGUAAUUUGGAAACAAUAACAUUUUAUUAUGUUGAAAAGAAGUUGGAUCCUCCUUAUUUUAAGUAUUAUCAAAGUCAAAAUUUACAAUUUUAUAAUGAUUUAGGUGCAACAAAAUCAUCUAGUAAUACAGCAAGAAGCACAGCUGAAGAAUCGAAAAAUAAACAUUUUAAUAAAGAUGCAUUGAAUUUAUUUACAAAAUUUUUAACAGGUGAUAACGAAUUUUACGAAUUUACAACUUUUGAUAUAACUGCUGAUGAUGAUUUACUUGGUAAUAGGUUUCACAUAAUAAAAAAGGUGGGAACCGGUUUAACAGGAAGAGUGUAUUUGUUAAAAGAAAAUGUAGCUAAAAAUGCUACAAAUGCUAAAACUCGUAUAAUGAAAAUCUCUAAACACAAUUUACAUUCAAGAUUGUUUAUGAACGAAAUUACAAUGAUAAAUAAAUUAAAAGAAUUUGAUAAUAAAGAGAAAUUUAAUUAUUUUUUUGAAGAUAUUAUUGAAUCAUCACCUCAAGGUAAAUUUUUAUUAUUUAAAAAUGAAUUACAAUUGAUCAAAUCAUUAACAAAAGUUCAAUCGAAACAACUUAUUGAUAUCGUUGAAUAUUUAUAUAAUCGUCGUAUUAUUCAUCGUGAUUUACGUCCAGAUAACUUGAUGGUGGUUACAAAAUGUUCACAUUUAAAAUUAAUCGAUUUUGGUUUUGCCACAAGUUUUAAUACGAAUGAAACGACAAAAGAAUUAUCCAUAGGAGGAACAAUUAUAUUUGCCGAUACAAAAUUUUUAAAGCAUUAUUUGGAUAUAUAUUCAGAAUUCCAAUUGAAACCAUUAGUUUAUAAUUAUCCACGAACGUUCGAUCUACAAUGUGCAUUAAAUAUCAUUAUGUUUAUGGCACAUCCUCGCAUUAAAAUUGAAAUGAAUUUAAUUCAAAAAUUACAAACUAAAACCAAAGCAAAAGAAUCACUAAAAUUAUGGACACGGAUCAAGGAGGUCAAUACAAAUUAUUCUGAAUUAUUAAAAUCAAUAAAUGACGAAAAACAAACAUUAAAUUUUAGUACUAUCAAAGAAGAGAUAAAAAAGCUUUUUUUGAAAAAUAUUCAAUAA